AUGGGAUCGCCUUUAUCCACAGUCAUUGCCAGCACCUUCCUCGAAGAGUUUGAACAACUAGCGCUUCUUUCAGCUACCAAACAACUAAAACUCUGGCUCCGAUACAUCGAUGAUAUUUUCAUCAUUUGGCAACACAUCUAUCGCAAACCAACACACACCGACAGAUAUCUAAACAAACGCUCGUUUCGCCAUCCGUCCACCAAGAAGGGAGUUUGUAACACACUCGUCAGAAGAGCACAUUGCAUCAGCGACCACAACUCCAUCCGGAAAGAAGUGCAACAUGUUAAGGCAGCCCUUAAGCUUAAUGGUUAUCACACGAGAGACAUUGCUACACCCAGACCCAACCCAAACCCCAAUAGGCUAGAUAAUAUAGAAUCGAGAAAGUCUGUGUGUUUACCAUAUUUGGGACAGCUUUCACACCGCAUUCAACGCAUUAUAUUACAAGCCGAUGUCAAAGUGUUUCAUAGCGCAUCCAACAAACUAUCCCGAACUCUACAAACACACAAGGACAAACCACCAGCACAUAGACAACAGGAGUUUAUCGGAUCCCGUGCGAAUGUGGGAAGGUUUACAUUGGUGGAACAGGACGAGAUCUCCGCACUAGGCUCAAGGAACACCAAGGCCAUGUCUGGAGUAGGGAACAAGAAAAAUCUUCUAUAG